AUGGCAAAAGCAUACACACAAGCUGAAUUUGACAGUCUGAUGGAGAAGGUGGAGAAGGUAGAUAUUAGGGUGAAAGAAUACUUGGAGUUAGCUGGAUACGAAAAGUGGGCUAGGUUGUAUGCACCUGUUAACAGGGGAUGGACAAUGACGUCAAAUAUUGCUGAGUCAAUCAAUGCCGCACUAGUGUCAGCAAGGGAAUUGCCAAUAUACGACUUCCUCGAAGAAGUUAGAAAGAUGUUUGGACGUUGGAAUUGUAGUAUCCGCAAAGAAGCUACACAGACAUACACAACGCUUGGAAAACAAUACCAGGAGAUGCUGACUUUGAAUGAGGCAAUGUCUACACGCAUGACUCCUUCUAAUGUUUUUGUUACACUUCAGUUGCCUAAAGUACAGCAGAUUUUUGAUGUGGUACCAUCAACUGAAUACUUACAUACGGUUAACGAUGGAGGGAGGCAUUACACCGUCUGCCUGUUAGAGAGAAAAUGUGUUGGUGGGAGGUUCCAAGUUGAUGAAUUACCAUGCCCACAUGCCUGGGAUAUAUUGAAGAGCAAGUUUCUAAUGCCAGAAGAAUAUUGCUCUAACUAUUACAAACCAAAUUCUGUUGUAAUGACAUACGAUGUGCAUGUGUACCCGCUACCGGACAGAAAUGACUGGAAUAUACCAGCACAUGUUGCAGAGGAGCUUGUAUUACCCCCCAAAUGGAAAAAACCUCCUGAAAGGCCAAAGAUGAAGCACGAUAAACCUUUAAGUGAAUUGCUGCAGCCGAAAAAUCAACAUUUAUGUAGCAUAUGUGGGCAGGGAGGACAUAACAAGCGAACGUGUAGAAAUGCUCCCUGUAGAAUUUAG